CCGCUCCAGCGGGAGGCGGGAUGGCUGCUACGUGCGACGCCCGCCAGCACCUCCUCCCCGGGGUCCUCCCCGCCCUCGCCCCUGGUUCCCGGCCCGGCGGGGGGUGGGUCUCCCAACUUGUCCUUGCCGACUGUAGAAGAAUGGCUCCCUGGCCCCCUUCCAGCCAUCCCCGCCCUCCUUCUCCCCAUCCUCACAGGCCAGAGUCUGCUCCUCCGGGUGUCUGCCUGGUCCCUGCUGUCCUGCAGCCAGCCCCAUCUCCACCCCUCUGGCGUGCUGGGUACCACGGUCUCAAGCUUCCCGGCUCCCUGCGCCCGCAUCGCCCUCCUGAAGGACUGGGCCAAUGGCUGGUCUGGAGGGGAAAGGCUGGGGUGGCUGUACCUGAUUCCAGGUGUGCUGUCCUGGCUCAUCAUGGUGUUUGGCUCCCCACAACUCUGGGGCUGCAGCCCUGGACGCUGGAUGCAGGAGGUCAAGGUCCCAGCUCUUGCAGUGACAGGUCUCUGACUGAAGCUGGUCUGGAGACAAAGAGGCAAUAGAGAAAUGGCCCACAGAUGGCCUGCAGAGCUGGGGCCACCCAGGGAUCAAGGACAGAGAGGGAAGAGGACAGCCCAACCAAAGCACAGGCAACCUCUAUGGCAUUUGAGAUAGGAGACAAGAGGACCUCGCCCCAGCAGACAUGCUGCUGCUCAAGAAACACACGGAGGACAUCAGCAGCGUCUACGAGAUCCGGGAGAAGCUGGGCUCGGGCGCCUUCUCCGAGGUGGUGCUGGCCCAGGAGCGGGGCUCCGCACACCUUGUCGCCCUCAAGUGCAUCCCCAAGAAGGCCCUGCGGGGCAAGGAGGCCCUGGUGGAGAACGAGAUCGCCGUGCUCCGCAGGGUCAGUCACCCCAACAUUGUGGCUCUGGAGGACGUCCACGAGAGCCCUUCCCACCUGUACCUGGCCAUGGAGCUGGUGACAGGUGGUGAGCUGUUUGACCGCAUCAUGGAGCGCGGCUCCUACACGGAGAAGGACGCCAGCCACCUGGUGGGUCAGGUCCUCGGCGCCGUCUCCUACCUGCACAGCCUGGGCAUCGUGCACCGGGACCUUAAGCCGGAAAACCUCCUCUAUGCCACCCCCUUUGAGGACUCCAAGAUCAUGGUCUCUGACUUUGGACUCUCCAAAAUCCAAGCUGGCAACAUGCUAGGCACUGCCUGUGGGACCCCAGGAUAUGUGGCCCCAGAGCUUUUGGAGCAGAAACCCUACGGGAAGGCCGUAGAUGUGUGGGCCCUGGGUGUCAUCUCCUACAUCCUGCUGUGUGGGUAUCCCCCCUUCUAUGACGAGAGCGACCCUGAACUCUUCAACCAGAUACUGAGGGCCAGCUAUGAGUUUGACUCCCCUUUCUGGGAUGACAUAUCAGAAUCAGCCAAAGACUUCAUCCGGCACCUUCUGGAAAGAGAUCCCCAGAAGAGGUUCACCUGCCAACAGGCCUUACAGCACCUUUGGAUCUCCGGGGACGCAGCCUUGGACAGGAACAUCCUAGGCUCGGUCAGUGAGCAGAUCCAGAAGAAUUUCGCCCGGACCCACUGGAAGAGAGCAUUCAAUGCCACCUCGUUCCUGCACCACAUCCGUAAGCUGGGGCAGAGCCCAGAGGGUGAGGAGGCUUCUGAACAGGGUAUGGCCCGACACAGCCACCCAGGAGGCCUCCGGGCUGGCCAGCCUCCCAAGUGGUGAUGCCCAGAUGCCGAGGCCAAGUGAACUGACCCCAGAUUUCCUUCCCUUGGGCCCUUUUGGUCCCCUCCCCGACCCUUGACUCUGGGCUGGCCUCUGCUGGAGUUUGAGACGUGGGUGUGGGCAGGGGUGGGGCACCCUCCACCAGGCUCUGCCAUUGCCGAGGGGCAGUGGCUCCCCUCCCCUGUCACAGCUGCCACCCCUACAAAAGCGGAGGAGGCCUAGGCAGGCGGGUUUCAGGGGCCGUCCUCCCUGCUUCGCUGACUGUGAGUGGUCCUGCUUGUGUCGUGGUCCUCCAGCCCCCUCCGAGUUUUCCCCAAACCAAUAAA